UCUGAAGAUGGUACAAUUGAUUUUUGGGGCAUCGCGGCCCUUAAACGCGGAUUUGAGGAUAUCGGAAGAUAUGGUAAGUUUAUUUUUUCUUACUUUCUUUUCUUGUCACACUUUGUUACUUUACUUUCAGGAGGUAUAAGAGCAAUACAGCAGAAAACACACGCACUAGCAUAUGCAGCAUAUCAGAUUCUAAUGGAAUUGAAAUUUCCAAGCGGCAAACCACUUGCAGAAGUUUACUUUUGUCAUAAGAACUACAAUGAAAGUGAAGCGCAAGGGCCAAUCGUUGCUUUCAAUUUGCUCCGGUGUGACGGAUCAUAUAUUGGCUACAGUGAAGUAGAAAAAAUGUGCGAUUUAUUCGGUAUCGAAGUGCGCACUGGUUGUUUUUGCAAUCAGGGCGCCUGUCAGAAGCAUCUGAAGCUAACUCAGCAACAAAUUAUCGAUAAUUAUAAGGCAAGUAUGAUAUGUUCCAAUGGUGCUGUAUGA